AUGUCUAUCAUGAACAGUUUCGUCAACGACAUUUUCGAGAGAAUCGCUGCCGAAGCUUCAAGACUCGCUCACUACAACAAAAGAUCGACCAUCACCAGCAGGGAAAUCCAAACUGCCGUUCGACUUCUGUUACCCGGUGAGCUCGCCAAGCACGCCGUUUCCGAAGGAACAAAGGCCGUCACCAAAUACACCAGCUCCAAAUAA